AACCUGAAGGCUGGAUAGUCUCUUAGAGGGAGUGUCUGUCCAGCCCCCUGUCUGCACUCUGUACACUGUUCAUACACAAGAAUGUAAAGAGCAUCUGAGCAGGAGGGAUUAACUGAAUACAGGACUGCCAGCUCCUACCUGAGACUCACCUGAGCUGCUGCACCAUGGACAGCGCAGGCAGAAAAGUGGUCGUGUGUGACAAUGGGACAGGGUUUGUUAAGUGUGGUUUCGCUGGGUCCAAUUUUCCAGAACACAUCUUCCCAGCACUCGUGGGCCGACCUGUCAUUCGCUCAGACACUAAAGUUGGGAAUAUCGUGAUCAAGGACCUGAUGGUGGGAGAGGAGGCGAGCGAGUGCCGCUCUAUGCUGGAGGUCUCCUACCCCAUGGAGAAUGGAAUGGUGCGCAAUUGGGAGGACAUGCUCCACCUGUGGGACCACACCUUCGGCAAGGACCGUCUGAACAUCAAUCCACAAGACUGUAAGGUCCUGCUGACCGAGCCGCCGCUGAACCCACUGAAGAACCGUCAGAAGAUUGCAGAGGUCAUGUUUGAGACGUAUAAGUUCCACGGCAUCUAUAUCGCCAUCCAAGCCGUGCUGACGCUGUACGCACAGGGUCUCCUGACAGGUGUGGUGGUGGACUCAGGCGAUGGAGUUACUCAUAUCUGUCCAGUCUAUGAUGGUUUCUCCCUGCCCCACCUCACUCGCAGACUGGACAUCGCAGGGCGCGACAUCACACGCUACCUCAUCAAGCUGCUGCUGCUGAGGGGCUACGCUUUCAACCACUCUGCAGACUUUGAGACAGUGCGGAUGCUGAAGGAGAAGCUGUGCUUUGUGGGUUACAACAUCGAGCAGGAGCAGAAACUGGCCAAUGAGACAACUUUCCUGGUGGAGUCCUACACGCUGCCAGAUGGACGCACAGUGCUGGUCGGGGGAGAGAGGUUUGGGGCUCCUGAGGCUCUUUUCCAGCCACACCUUAUCAAUGUAGAGGGGGUCGGAGUGGCUGAGCUUCUGUUUAACACCAUCCAGGCUGCUGACAUCGACCUCAGGGCAGAUUUCUACAAGCACAUCGUCCUGUCUGGGGGGACGACCAUGUACCCCGGCCUUCCAUCCCGACUGGAGAGAGAGAUUAAGCAGCUGUACCUGGAAAGAGUGCUACAUGGAGACACAGAUAAGUUUAUGAAGUUCAAGAUCCGUAUCGAGGAUCCCCCUCGCCGCAAGCACAUGGUGUUCAUGGGCGGGGCCGUGCUCGCCAAUAUCAUGAAAGAUAAGGAGUCGUUCUGGCUGUCGAGAGCGGAGUAUGAGGAGAAAGGCCUGAAGGUGCUGGAUAAGCUUGGUGGAACAACAAAAUGAAGCUACCCAGACAUUAAUGCAUACUGUACACUGCAUGGUUAAAAGCUUGCAGACACUUCAUCUGAACUUCUUCAUCUCAACUAUUUCAGAAAUCAAGGAUAUUACUGUAUUUUUCGCACUAUAAGACGCACCGGAUUAUAGGGUGCACUAUCAAUAAACGUCUACUUUCUGGUUUAUUUUUAUGCACAA